ACUCUGAAGUGCGCUGGGGCAAAGCUUCGGAGUAAGCGAAAAAGUGCCUGUGCUGCAGCUCAGCAAAGGGAUGGGUCGGAGCCCGGCGGCUCCGGAGAGCCAGAGCCGUGCCGAGCCCCUGGGCGCGGCUGUGGCACUCGUGAACACGCGCGGCGCGGUGCGAGCCGGACGGGCUCCCCCGGCAGAGCGGUGACCGUGCCCGGGGCUCCGAGCCAGGCCGGGGGCUCCGAGCCAGGCCGGGGGCCCUCUGGAGAAAUAGGUGCGAUCGCCCCGGUGCCGGCCCGUGCCGAGCUGCUGUGAGCGGGGGGAUCGCGGCGGAGCGAUCUGCCCUGCCCUGCCCUGCCCUGCCCUGCCCUGCCCUGCCCGCGCAUCGGCCCCACCGGGGGUCCAGCCCCCGCGGUUCGGGGGUCACCGGUGGGCACGGCGAAGGUUGCGGCGACACGGGUGUAUGACAGCCGACAGGACACCGCGGUGCAGACACCACUCUACGGCCAUGCAACACGGGGGACAGAGCCGGGACAGCCUCUGCGCUCACUCACCGGUGCUGGCUCAGGGCAGGGCAGGGCUGCCCGCCGCUUCCGCGCAUCCCCGCCGCCGGCCGAGCCCCGCUCCGCUCCGGGCGCGCUGCCGCCGCAGGAGCGGCCGUUCCCGAGCGCUGUGACCGCCGGUGCGCAGCCGGGGCUCCGUCCGCCCGCCCUCCCGGCCGGCUGCGCGGAGAGGAUGGGAUGAGAUGGGAUGGGAUGGGAGCGGAGCGGCCGCCGCAGGCCGGGCUGCGGGAGCGGGAGCGGUUGCCAGGACGCCGUCACCAUGGGAACGCGCUGCCGCCCUGGCGGGGGGAGCCCUUCGCAUCGCCCCCUCCUCGCAGCUAUUCCGCGGCAGUGCCGAUCCUGGGGAAGCGGGGAGGGACGGGAAGGACCCCGCAAACAGCGGCGCUCCCUGCGGCACGGGGGGCGAGCGGCGGGGAUGGAGCGGGGGCCGCGCCGCGCCUCCCGCGCCAGCAAACGCCGGCCUCCAGACAGAAAGUUCGGUGGUGACGAACAGCGGUGACUCGGAGUUUCUGGUGGUGCAGAGGAGCCGAGAGUAUGACCGAAAGCAUGGGUUUUUCCAGAGCCUGUAUCAAAUCCUGUCAGAACACAUUAUUAAAAUCAAUGACAAAUAU